AUGCAAACAAAGAAUGGAAAAAUAUUUAUAUUAAUUUAUAAUACAAUCAUAAACUUUAUUAUUUUUUAAUAGAAUUUUAAACUAGAGUUGUUAGCUUUCAGAGCAGCCUUUAAUGUUCAAUAAUAUGGUAACACUAAAUUUAUAAAGGUAACUAAAAUUUUGAUUAAAAGAAAAUAAUAAACGACAAAAUUCAUAAGAAUAAUAAAAUGAAUUAGUUUCUUAAACAAAUAAGAAAAUUUAGGCUCCUCCUGAUAAUUAAUUUGUAAUAAAUAUUUACAUAAUAGAGAUCAGUGAUAGCCGUCAUCAAUAAAUAAAUCACUGCUUUUAAUUUGAAUAUCCCUGAAUACCCUGUAACCGUCUGUAAAAGCCACAACAUCAUGUUGCAUUUCUAUAAAAAACAUAACAAACAGAGAUUCUACUUUGGGGGCAGUUUGUUACAGUUAUUCUAAGUCUAAAUAUUAGUCAGAAACCUUUUAAUUUGAAUA